UCGUAUAAAUCAAUUGAGUCGAUGCCAAUCAAGUGGGGCAACACAGAUAAAUCUCCAUCACAAUGGGAAGAGAUCGCAGAUCUUGGAAGGCAAGCGAAAUGCAUAAACAAACGUCCUCCCAUCAAAAGUGUUUUAUGAGUUUUGUGUUUUGUGGUCGGGCAGAGUGAUCGAGAAAUGAUUUGUUCUUGACAUUCCACUUAAGUAAAUUUAUUUAUUAUAUUAGAAUGCAGACAGAAUAUUUAAGUGACAAAGGCAAAGGGCUAUAAAAAAAACCAAAAUAAAUAAAUAUAAAGUUGAUUUCUAACUAUAUUAUUUCCAAUCAAGCCGUAUUUAAAAAUGUAUUUAUAACAUUUGUUAUCCCCAAUGGACACCAUAAAUAUUUUCCAACAAUGGCCAGUUCAAAACGGAACUCUAGUUUCAUACAUUUACAGCCCUUCUACGCGCUUCUCAAUCUAUUGAGUGCCACCGAAAGUUCUUUGGUAGCCCGCCGUUCAAUUGAUAAACGGGCAUUAUCGCUGCGGCAAUGAUUUAUUGUUGCAUAAAUGGCACUCACUAUUUAUUAAUAAAUGAGAAGCGAAAUUCUGAUAAUUUUUAUAUAUGGGCACCAAGGAUUUGUGCCCCAGUGUUUGUGCUUGUGAGCCAAUGUAGAGCACCCGUUCGCUUCAAAUGGCCAAGUAAAUAAACAAAAGUGGAUUUUUACACUCAUCGCCGACAGCGCACAAUAAAAUGUGUGAAAAAUGUGCUAGAGCAAGUGGAAAUGCAACCGCGUAGACCAAAUAAAUAAAUAAAUAAAUACAAACUUGGAAAGCUUCGCAUGUUUGCUAAGAAAUUAAAUGAAAAUCGAUCAUUUGGGAAAUAAACGAAUGGCCAGUCAGUGGAAUUCCAAGAAAUAAAUGCCAGACCAUUGUGUGCGCCCCAAACUAACUAAUCAAAGUGUUCGACAGGUUCCUUUAGCGAUAACAAGUGGAUGACAAUGUCGCGGAUAUGCUAAGUGGAAAUGGAUCCAAUGAUUUGUGAUCUGUGGUCUGGCCACAUCUGGCUAUUGAUUCUCAUUUGUUUCUGCGGCUUCGAGCAAUCCCGCGGUUUCUUUGUGGACUAUACAGAGAACACGGAGCUAAUUCAACAGAGAGCCGGGUUUGAUGUCAAACUGCAGUGCAAUCUCCAAGGUCUGGUCGAUGAAAGCAUGUUGGAUGACAUCAAGAUACAUUGGUACUUCAAGCAAUGCAGUGAGAAUAAUUGUCAUCAUCUGGAGUCUGUGGAUGAAUGGACUGCCUUGCCUUGCGAGCCGAGUCUUUGUCGUCCGGAACUGUGGCUCCGCAAUGUGACGGAACGGUAUUCGGGACUCUACAAAUGCAGCAUUAAUCCUCACAUUUGGGAUAAAGCCCAAUCCGUGGAUGUCCAACUGGUGCGCACCUAUCAACUGGAUGUUAAGAAUACCUCCCUGGCUGCUCCCGAGUUCGUGGACUCGUAUCCUAACAACAAGACGACUUUGGUGGGCAGUCGGGUAGUCUUCCAAUGCCGUGUCCACAGCGAGGAGCAUCCCACAAUCAAGUGGUUUCGCCGGCAAACCUACGUGGGAACUCUGUCAGCUGGAGAGGCAUCCUUGCCAACAACGGCCUCCAACUUCAGUACGCAUAUUGUCCGGUACAAUGGUCGGACAUAUGAGCUGCUGUCCACUGACCCCGAAAAAUUGAUGGCACCCCAGAUAUAUCUCAGCAAGUUGAUUCUGGACGGAGUGAGAUUGAGAGAUGGCGGUCACUACGCCUGCGUGGCCAUCAGCUAUCGGGGUCACAAAAUCCGGGAGGCGUUCCUCGAAGUGCUGCCCGUACAAGAUGAUCCGGAUCAGGAGAAGGAAUACUGGUCGGACUACGAUAGUGGAGAUGAGGGAGUUCCAACUAGCGAUCCCCGGGAGUUCCUGCUGCUCUUCCUUAUGCCACUGGGAUUGGCUCUGCUUCCCCUAACUGUGUGGUUUAGUUAUGUGUUGUACAAACGCUGCUCCGAAGGCCACAGUGAUUGCCAGCGGAUAGAUUCGGAUGAGGACCUGGACACGGAAAGGUGUGUCCUUGGCGGGAAUUAGUACUUGGUGCCAAUGCCUAAAUGUGUGGAAGCUGCAUUACGCUUAUUAAGACUAUGAAUAAAGACUGUCUAUAGGGUUAAGGAAGUUAUAUCUUCGAUUUGAAAUAAAUACAAAGAUUAAAUAUUA